GUCGUGCUCCACCCCUCACCCCUUCAGGGCGCCGGAAGCCGCCCUUGCCCCGGAGGCCCGGCCUGCUUCCCGCGCUGGCCCCGCAGCUCCCCGGCCAGCCCGUCCCGGCACGAGGCGCGGAACAGGGCAGCUCGCGGGCAAACAGCGGUCAAUUAUUAACCGGCCAGGCCGGGCCAAGAAACCCGAGCCGGCCGCGCUGCGCAGCCGGGCCCGACGGGAGGCGCCGGCCGGCCACCGCGCGCCAUGCAGCCAGGUCCGGACACCAAAGGGGGCGGCCCCUCCACCGUCCCAGAUGACCCCGGGAGCCCAGAGCGCCCUGUGGAACCCAGGAGCCCUGAGCACCCCGCGCUCCCGCAGCUGCCGCGCCGCCCGCAGCUCCUAGACGAGGAUGGAGCAGGCCCGCACGAGGAGGGGGCAGCGGCCGUGGAGGAGGGCAGUGAGCCGGCCCGGGAGACUCCUGCAGCCGACCCUGCGACCGCCAGCGUCGAGGCCAGACCUGGGCCUAAGGCAGCGGCUGGUGGGGCCCCGCACAUCGGCUUCGUGGGCGAGCCCCCACCCUACGCGCCGCCUGACCCCAAGGCUGUGCACCUGCUGUACCCGCCCUACCCUCAAGUGCCGGUGCUCCUGCAGCCCACACCCUCGCCCGCUGCCCUGUACCCGCCGCCGCCUGCUGCGCUCUAUCCAGGUGCGCCCGCACCGUCCCCACUCUUCCCGCAGCCUGCCACAGCCACUGCCACCUACUCCUUCCCCGUGUACGGUGGCCCAGUGGCUGCCCCCACGGCGGUGGAGCACCGGCCGGUGCCCAAGGACUACAUGAUGGAGUCGGUGCUCGUGACCCUCUUCUGCUGCCUGCUCACUGGCUGCAUCGCCAUCGUGUACUCCUACGAGACCCGUGCCGCCCUGAGCCGGGGUGACCUGAGCCAGGCCGAGGAGGCGUCGCGGAAGGCUCGUGCGCUGGUGCUCUUCAGCCUGCUGUUUGGGGUUUUCGUGUCCGUCAGCUGGGUCAUCUACGUGGUGGUGGCCCUCUACUUGCCCUGAGCCUGGCCACACCCACACUGU